UUUAAAUACUUUUCAUCCUCCUAAGAAACUUAUAACGUAUUCGAAAACAUCAUGGCUUCGACUGAUUUGCACUCUUCGGAUCCUCUUUCUCCCCAACCCGGUAUCUGCCCACCUUCUCCUAUUAUCCGCGUCCCAGAGGCCGAAAUAUACUCGGGACAUCAAUCAAUGGCGUUUGAUUUUGAUGAAGGUAAUCUCCAUGCCAUGGAAGGUUCGGAUUCAUCGGAAGUCUCCAAUAUUGCCGACGAAGAGGAUAGUGAGGAUGACAUUAUCCAGGCUCCCAUUGACUCCUUCAACGACGACGAGAUGAUCUCUACCCCUGGGUUCGACGAGCAAGCGUACUACCAAUCUAAAGAUGAGUGUAAAGGCGCUGUCCAGGCUUACGCAGCCUCACAAGGCUUCGCUGCUGUUAUUAGGCGGAGCAAAAGGAAGAAGCCAACGAAAACUCACAAAGAGGGCAGAGAAUUGAUACAAUACUCGUGCAUCUUUGGAGACGAGUAUCGCUGCACACGAGGGGUACAGUUUCAAAGAUGUGCGCAUUAGGACUAUACAGACCGUAAAAAAUGGAUGCCCUUUUGCUGCUGUGGCUUGGGAGAUGGCAGAGGCAGAGGUAAAAGAGCAUGGUGGAGACAAAUGUUGGACUUGGAAGGUCGUGAAUGCCUCGCACAAUCAUCCGCCUGUCGCCAAUAUUGGAAUUGCACUUCUUCGGCGUGCUUCGCGGACGCCUGAAGCCAAAGAGCUGAUCAACACGUUGAUCGACAGCCGGACUCCAUUCCCCUCCAUCAUCAGUACCAUGUCUCAGCGUUUCCCAACGGUAAUGUUGACAUCGGAAGACUUGCAUCGUCUCGCCUUUCGUCGUCGUGCAGAUCUCCGUGCUGGCUCCAGUGCAAGUGCUGCUUGUAUUCGGCAAUUAGUGAGCAAUGAUGAGCUCCAUCGUCCGUUUGUCAACACACGCGAUGAACUCAUUGGUUUGGUUUACACCAAGCGAACUGCUCGCGCACUGAUUCACCGAUUUCCCGAAGUCCUUUUCUUCGACUGCACAUACAAGACGAACCUGUACCGGAUGCCCAUGCUCCAUAUCGUCGGAUCCACAUCGACAGGUAUGACAUACACUGCAGGAGUCAUCUUGAUGUUGCGUGAAACCACAAACUGGUAUACCCAAGCUCUCAAUUCGUUCUUCGAACUUGUCGGCAAACCGGAUGUCAAGGUUGUCAUUACCGAUCGUGACCCAGCACUCAUCAACGCUCUCAUGUCUGUCCUCCCCAAGGCUUACCGCUUCUCCUGCUUCUGGCAUCUUCAAGAAAAUGUCAAAAGCAAUAUAAGGCCCUGUUUCGUUGACGAAGAGAACAUCGUCAUGGCUGUCUCGAAUUUCUGCAAAGCUUGGGUACGGUAUUGUGUACAUGCAAAAUCGGAUGAGCAGCUUGAGGAAGGUUAUCGGAAGAUGGAAGAACUUUAUCCUGGUCAGAAAUAUGCUCGAGCGAUCUCGUAUAUCCGGGGUUUGGAUGAAAUCAAGGAGCGCUUUGUACAUGCCUAUAUCAACAAGCAACUUCACUUCGGACAAACCGGUAAUUCACGCUUAGAAGGUCAGCACGCAACUCUUAAGAAAUCAAUUGACACCAAGUACGGUGAUCUUCUGCUUGUCAUUGGGUCUCUAAGUACGUAUUUUGAUCAGCAGUGGUUGAAAAUUUUGAAAAGAAUUGAGCUCGAGAGAACGAGGUGUGCUACACAUAUUCCCAGUACUUUUGUUCGGUUAAAAGGCUCCAUAUCCCGCGCUGCAAUGAAGCUUCUUGCUGAGCAGUUGACUUUGGCCAAAAGAUAUUUGGGUGAUUACGAUGAAGGUGUCGAUGACUUUGAAGAAUCACACCCGUGCAGUGGCUCGUUUACAAAAUCCCAUGGAUUGCCCUGCGCCCAUCGUCUCAUUAGCUUCGUCCGGGAAAGAAGACACCUUGAAAAGGAUCACAUUCAUCCUCACUGGCGUCUCGGGUCUGCCGCAAGUCUCAAAAGAUACCUUGACCAUAUUAACAGACUUGUUGGCACCCCAGAUACAUCAGUCAUACGGCUGGAUGAUGUAUUUGACUUCGGUGAGGACCAAGAACUUAUCCUCGAUCCACCCAUUUUAAGCACCAAGCGGGGAAGGAAGGCCCCUAAUCCACCAGUGUUGCAGGAAGACCGGAUGUCGGCACCUUCAGGAAGGUACUUGACUCAGUCAGAAAGAAUUAUGGGGGCUGGAUUGACCCAGCGAAAAAAAGGGCGCUGUAAACACUGCCAAAGUUCCACUCACUAUACCAAAGACUGUGCGCGUGUUCAAGCGUCUCGAAGGGUCGACAAAAACCAAGAAGCUGAGAAUGCAGGUGAAGACAGAAGAGUUCUUGUCCCAGAUAGCGAUGAUGAGGAAGGAAAUGAGGAAGAUCUUGUCGAGGUACCGAAUGAACCCAAUCUUCGUCCAAAAAAGCAUUCUCGGUCACAAUAUCCUGCCCCCUCUCAAAUAUAUCCGUCACAUGCUGUUCAAAUGCAGCAUCUUCCUCCUGAACCCUCGGUCCCCCAAUUACCCCCUUCUUCCCAAUUCUAUCCACCAUUAUCACAAUACUAUCCCCCUGCUCCACAGCAUUACCCAACUUCAAAAUACCAUGUGCCUCCUACCCAGUAUAUCCCUUACAACCAAGUAUUAUUCCACAAUCAUUCCGAAGCCCCAACUCCCUAUCAUUACCCUUCUGUUAGUGGAUACAAUAAUCUCCAAUCUCCUCAAAUUUACCAAUACAACUUAGAGAAUAAUGUGGGCAAGGAUGCGAGCAUUCGAUCGCAGGAGGAUAGUAUUAUAAUGCAGCGAGGGAGAGAUCGACAUAGCUGGGAAUGAAGGCGAAGGAAGAAUGAAUAGAUGUCGAAAGAGGAAUAGAUGUCACAAGAAGAAUAGAUGUUUAUAAUAUUAGAGGACUGAAUUUACUAUGCACGAAAAAGAAC